UCCCAGGAGGGCGGGGAUAGGGGUGUGUGCCUGGUGGUACCGGGUAAUGGUCAGGGGAGGAGCGGGUGAAGGGGAGGGCAGUCCCAAGGUUCCGGGCGGUCCCUGAAUCUAAAGGCUCUCAGCUAGGCUGAUCUUUGCCCUAAGCAUAAUCCCGCUAGCCAACCCCUACCCGUUGUGGGUUCUGCUGCCCAGUGCUCUUCAGCAUGUCCUUUAUUCCGGUGGCCGAGGACUCCGACUUUCCCAUCCAAAACCUGCCCUAUGGCGUUUUCUCCACUCAAAGCAACGGCUGACCACUUGGGAUUGGACUGCCUAUUCAGAUGUUUGUCCCUGGAGACAACCAUUGACUUCCUGUGGUUCGUCAUCUAAUGGUGGGACCAUGUGGAAUUUCCCAUCAGCAGUGGCAGGUCAACUGGUGUCAUUGUGCUCGUCUUGUUUAGGCAACUAUACUGUCAAGAGUUUCUAGCCAAAGCCACGGAUUGGUGUGGCCAUCGGUGACCAGAUCUUGGACCUGAGUGUCAUUAAACACCUCUUUACCGGACCUGUCCUCUCCAAACAUCAGCAUGUCUUCGAUGAGACAACUCUCAAUAGCUUUAUGGGCCUCGGCCAAGCGGCAUGGAAGGAGGCAAGAGCAUCCUUACAGAACUUACUGUCUGCCAGCCAAGCCCAGCUCAGAGAUGACAAGGAGCUUCGGCAGCGUGCAUUCACCUCCCAGGCUUCUGCCACGAUGCACCUUCCUGCUACCAUAGGAGACUACACGGACUUCUACUCCUCUCUGCAGCAUGCCACUAACGUUGGCAUUAUGUUCAGGGGCAAGGAGAAUGCGCUGUUGCCCAAUUGGCUCCACUUACCUGUGGGAUACCAUGGCCGAGCUUCCUCCGUUGUGGUGUCUGGUACCCCAAUUCGAAGACCCAUGGGACAGAUGAGACCUGAUAACUCAAAGCCUCCUGUGUAUGGUGCCAGCAAACGCUUAGACAUGGAGUUGGAAAUGGCUUUCUUUGUAGGCCCUGGGAACAGAUUCGGCGAGCCAAUCCCCAUUUCCAAGGCCCAGGAGCACAUUUUCGGGAUGGUCCUCAUGAACGACUGGAGUGCUCGAGACAUCCAGCAAUGGGAGUACGUCCCCCUUGGGCCAUUCCUGGGGAAAAGUUUUGGAACCACCAUCUCCCCAUGGGUGGUGCCCAUGGAUGCUCUCAUGCCCUUUGUGGUGCCAAACCCAAAGCAGGACCCUAAGCCCCUGCCAUAUCUCUGCCACAGCCAGCCCUACACAUUUGAUAUCAACCUGUCCGUUGCUUUGAAAGGAGAAGGAAUGAGCCAGGCAGCUACCAUCUGCAGGUCCAACUUUAAGCACAUGUACUGGACCAUUCUGCAGCAACUGACACACCACUCUGUUAAUGGAUGCAAUCUGAGACCUGGGGACCUCUUGGCUUCUGGAACCAUCAGUGGAUCAGACCCUGAAAGCUUUGGCUCCAUGCUGGAACUGUCCUGGAAGGGAACAAAGGCUAUCGAUGUGGGGCAGGGGCAAACCAGGACCUUUCUUCUGGACGGAGAUGAAGUCAUCAUAACAGGUCACUGCCAGGGGGAUGGCUACCGUGUUGGUUUUGGCCAAUGUGCUGGGAAAGUGCUGCCUGCCCUCUCGCCAGCCUGAAGCUCCAGAAUCCACAGAACACAGCCUUGCCUUGUGAGGAUCAUACUGCAACUGCAUGAGUCAGGAAUGAAUAAAGCUAUUUUGAUUGGGGAAGUGCCACAGAA